UCCACAGAGGAAGGAAACUGUGACCUAAACCACUGAAAGUUUGUGUCCUAACCACAGUGAAACAGAAGAAAUUCUGACUGCAGAUCACAUCCGUCUUUGCCAGACACAGUCUGCAACAAAAGCUGUUGUAUAGCUUACGAUAAUGAGCUUUAAUACGAGUGAAGGACUAAAUUUGUCUGAACAAGUUCAGUGAAGUGAACGUCACCGUCAGCUACACUCCAGUCACAGCACUGAGAGAAAAGAACCACCAUGGGAUGUAAAGCAGCACAAGCUGGAUUUCUUGUCUUCCUUCUCUCCUCAUCAGUGGUGCAGGGUGACGCUGGCUAUAGAGUGAGGUACUCUUCUACUCAGAUCUGUGCCUUACAAGGAUCAGAGGUGGACAUAAGCUGCACCUACACAUACCCAUCCAGAGUAAAGGAGAAUGUCACUGUGGUUGAGGAAGCUGUGUGGUUUACUAAGAUGAACCGUGAUGAGCCUGUAGAUCUGAUGACAGAUUCAGAGUUUGCAGAUCGUGUACAGUAUCGUUGUGAUAAAAACAGCUGCACUCUGAAAAUCACAGACCUGAGAAUCAGCGACUCAGCUGAGUACAAGUUCAUGUUCAGAACAAACCAACCAGGACAGAAAACUAUUGGUUCACCUGGAGUCACUCUGUCUGUCACAGCUCUCCAGGUGAAGGUGACAGAGACAUGGCUUUUGUAUCCUUCCUGGGCAGAGCUGACGUGUAGCAGCAGCUGUCGUCUACCUGAUCAUUAUUCCUACCUCUGGUACAUGAAUGGAAAGACCCUUCACACAAAAACAUCUUCUAUUGAGAAAAGCUUUGAUUAUUCAGUCAGCAUUGCAUGUGCUGUUAAAAGAUAUGAGAAGCUUCCAUCUCCUUCACUGUGUGUUCAUGAAUCACCCUGUAACAGUGUGGUUUACACCCAAAGAAGCAUCUGCAUCCCCAAAGGAUCAUCAGUGGACAUUUCAUGCACAUACAGUCAUAAAACAUCGGUUUUGACAACAUUCUGGUUCAGUCCUGAACGUAGUCGUCAGCCUGAGGACCUCAAAGAAGACUCUCAGUAUGAAGGUCGUGUUGAGGUUGUUGACAAAAGAGGACGCUCCACUCUGAGGAUCAGAGACCUGAGAGUCACUGAUUCAGCCCAAUAUCAAUUUAAAUUUAUAGCACGACGGUUUGAAUGGAAGAGCAAUUUACCUGGAACAACUCUGACUGUCACAGCUCUGCAGGUGCAGGUGACCAGAAUAAUAUCAGUCCAUCAGUCUCAAACGGAGGCAGAGCUGAAGUGUCACAGCAGCUGCAGUCCAGCUGAUCGUCUUUCCUACAUCUGGUUCAAGAACGGACAGAAAAUUUCAAAACAACAAACUUCUACUUACACAGGUUCCUUUAAUCCUGGAGAAAAGAUCUCCUGUGCUUUCAAAGGACAUGAAGAUCACCGGUCUCCAACAGUGUACCCUUCAAAGCUUCCCUCUGUGUCAGUGAGUCCAUCUGGUGAGCUAGUGGAGGGAAGUUCAGUGACUCUGACCUGUCGCACUGAUGCUAACCCAGCAGCUGAAAACACUUUGUACAAGGGGAACCAAAGUCUGCCUCUGGGAUCAGAAGGAACUUAUCAUUUCACCUCCAUCAGCUCUGAGGACAGAGGACUCUACGACUGCAAAUCUGAUGAUCAAUCUGUGUCUUUGUUCAUAAAUGUCCUGUAUGCUCCAAAGCUUCCCUCUGUGUCAGUGAGUCCAUCUGGUGAGAUAAUGGAGGGAAGUUCAGUGAAUCUGACCUGCAGCAGUGAUGCUAACCCAGCAGCUACUUACACCUGGUACAAGGAGAAUGAAGACUCACCACUUCAUUCAGGACAGACCUUCACCAUGACUGACUUUAGAGCUGAACACAGUGGGAAUUAUUACUGUGAAGCUCAGAACAUGAGAGGAUGUCAUAACUCCACCUUUUAUCUGAAUGUUGCAUCACGUUCAUGGAAGUUCCCAAUUACUCUGUCGAUCACUGCUGUCAUUCUGGCCUUCAUUCUUCUCUUUCUCCUGCUAUGGAUUAGAAGCCACAGGUCUGUGAAACAACAACCUCAGGCUGGAGAGGGACCAGACAGUAGAACAGAGAUGGAUGAAAUCCAGUAUGCCAGUGUGCAAUUCACUGCAAACCAGCCAGAUGCUGUCUACUCCAACUUCAGCCCAGGUCAGAUGGACCGAUACCAGGAGGAGUCUGUGGUGUACUCAACGACCAAACCCAACAGAUCUACAAGAACAAGAAAUCAAGCAGCUGUGGAGGAUCCAUCUGCACUGUAUAGCAAAGUUGUGAGAAAAUAACAUGGAUCUGCUGGUAUCUUCAGUGAGUCGCUUCAGACAGACGUGGUCAGUAAUUAGCA